GUCAUUUCACAAUCAAAAUAUUUAGCUGAAAGGAGAGUUGAAGAAAACCAAGGCUACAUGAAGGCUAGCUAAUUAUUUCCCUUUUUGUAUUGGUAUUUUUGUUUACUUAAAUAAACGACUUGGAUUACAAAUGGCUGGUUUACCACCCGGAGAUCCGCAGUUGGUCUCUAUGAUCGUGAAUCAUUUAAAAACGCAAGGUCUUUUUGACCAGUUCAGAAGGGACUGCUUGGCAGACGUGGACACAAAGCCCGCCUAUCUGAAUUUAAGACAACGAGUGGACAAUUUCGUAUCCAACCAUCUCUCCAACCACACAUGGAGUCCACAUCUGAACAAGAACCAGCUGCGGAACAACAUCCGACAGUUGGUGCUACAGUCUGGGAUGCUGGAGCAGGGAGUGGACAGGAUAGUCGCACAGGUCGUGGACCCCAAAAUCCACCACACAUUCCGGCCACAAGUGGAGAAAGUGGUACGGGAAUUCCUGUCCCCUGGGACCAUAAGUGAACCGCCAGCGGCCUGUCCCAAUCAGGUGGAGGAAAGACAAGACAACUACCUGCCAGCACCGGGCCCCUCUUCUGCGCCCGUCACCACGGCUACCAGCGACGCCAUGUCCAUCCUGGACACCAUCACCGUCCUGAACCAGGAGGCCAGCACCUGGGCCAGCGGGGACCGGGCCGGCAGGCGGGUCGGCCCAGGGUCGGGCCCCGAAGGUGGGCCUGAGAGGGACCCGUUGCAAGACGAGUCCCAGGAGGAGAUGGACGUGGGGGAGCAGGACAUGAGUCUGGUGGAGGAGGAGGAGGAGGAAGAGGUGGAAGCAAAGGGGACUGUAGAGGAGGCCAGCGAGGAGAAGCCCGGGCCUGAGGUCCUCCUGCAGGUGCAGGAGGCUGAGGUGGAGGAUGCCCCGGAGGUCAGCAGCCUGGAGAAGCUGGGGCCGGGAGAGGAGGAGGAGGAGGAGGAGGAGGAGGAGCAGCCGGCCAGUGAGCCAGCGGAGGAGACCGGGGAGGUGAAGGCUGAGGAGGGGAAGGAGAAGGAGAAAGAGAAAGAGAAGGAGAAGGCCAUCAGCAAAUCUACAGGCAAGGCCAGAGAAGACGGGGAGCCCCAGAAAUCCCCCAGCGAGAAGCACCACAUGCGUCAGAAAGCCAGAGAGAGGUUAAAAGAAGAAUACUCCCUGGAGGACUCUGAUCUGGAUGGCCUGAGUGACAUCACGGUGAGCUCUGUCCACACCAGCGACCUGUCCUCCUUUGAGGAGGAGAGUGACGAUGAGCCGCAGCUGUCCGACAGCACGGAGGAGGGCGAGAUCACUUCCGAGGAGGAGGAGAUGGAGAGCAAGCCGAAGGCCGCAGACAAGCCCACAGAGGAGGAGGCUAAGGAGCGGAAACCUCGCGGAGGGAGGCAGGCCUACGUCCACAAGCCCUUCCUUUACUCCCGUUACUAUAGCGACUCUGACGAUGAGGUCACGGUGGAACAGCGGCGGCGCUCUGCGGCUAAAGAUAAAGAGGAGAGGUUGCUGAAGAGACAGCAGAACAGAGAGCGGUUAGAGGAGAAGCGCAGACUGAAGGCCACCCAGCAGGAGGAUAAUGACGAGGGAGGGUCUGAGCCAACCUCUCCGAACCCGGAGCAGCAGGGACCCAGUGCCAAGGAGGCCCGCAAACAGAAGAAGGUUCUGGAAAAGAAGGUGGCCAUCAGCCGGAAGAGGAAGAGAGAUUCCAGGAAGGAGGAUGAGUCUGGAAAUAAGAAGAAGGGCGAUGCGGAGGAGGAGUUACUGAAGAAAUCUGAUGAAGUGGCGAGGGGCGGCCUCUCCAAGGGCCAGCCGGGUAAGGGCCCCAGGAAAGCGUCGGACGCGGAGGAGUUCAGGAGGCGAAAGAGCGGCAGCGUGUCCGAGGAGGGUCCUGAGCAGCGGAGGCCGGUGGACAAGAGCAGGACGCACUCCUUCAUCCUGGACUUGGAGCAGGGCUCCGAGGGCCUCCUCCGCCAGAGGCCCGGGGGGAAAUUCGACAGGAACCCCAAACACCCCCGGGAACGGGGCGAGAGGGAGCGCAGCCUGUCGGACGAGCGCGCCAAGCACAAGCCCAAACCUGAGAAGAGAGGAGGAGGCGAGGUCCACGGCGAAGAUAGCCCGCAGAAAGACCCGGGCCAUGCGGCCAAGGGGACCGCAGACGACAAAGCCGAGAAAAAGAGCAAGAGCAGAGGGGACCGGCGGAGCUCGACGUCCACCAGGGAGGGACGGACCUCUGUGUCGGAGGGCGGGGCGGCAGAGGAGAGUGGGGCUAAAAGGGCGAGGAUAGUUUCGGUCGACGCCGUCAAAACGGACAAGUCCAAGGCAGAGAAAGGGGUGCAGAAGAGCGAUGUCAAACUGCUGCUGGUGCCGCAGGGCGAGUCCACCGGGUCCUCCGAAGACAGGUCUGACAUGGAGCCGGGGUCGGAGGUGGCCAAGAAGAAGGACAGGCAGCCCAAAGACGCGCCCAAACGCUCAAAGAGCCAGUCGGAGAUCAGGGACGCCGGGGGCCCCGACCGCCGGUCCAGGGCCGGCUCCGAGUCGGAGGUCGACCCGGGGUCGAAGGUCAAAGCGGCGGCUGAAAAAUCCAGAUCCAGGUCGAGGGAGGACCCUAAAGCUCCGGCUACGCCCAGAGUAGAACGGAAGGGCUCCACUCCAGAGAGCAAGGGCAAAGGCCCCAAGCCCUCCAAGGAGAAGAGGAGAGAAAGCACCUCCAAGGAGGAGAAGAGGAAAGAGGGAAGCCUGAAAGAGGAGAAGAAGGGGUCCGAGGAGGCCUCUCCGGAGAAGGCCAGGAAGGGGUCGGAGCGGAAGGGCGUAGAGGAGGAGAAAAAGACGGAAGAUGGGCAGGGGGAGGAGACGAGGCAGGGCUCCAAAGCAGACGAGCCCACCCCCGGCUCCUCCCUGUCCCCGUCCGUUCCCGACACCAGCACCCCCGUCCCUCUGCCGGACACCACCGAGGCCCCACCCGCCUCCCUCACCGUCGGCCUAUCAGACGACGCCUUCGACGCCUUGAGCGACAUCACUCCCGAGCCAGAGGACGAGGGCGAGAUGCAGAUCGACGAGGAGGCGGACACGACCGAGAGCCCGAACGAAGGGCCCUCGUCGGACAGCGGCUUCGGCCCGGCAGGAAGUGAUGUCGCGGCGGGCCAGGCCCCCUCGGGAUGGCCCCAGGAGGUGAGGUUCGGGAUGGGGAGCACGCCGUCCGAAAUGUCCCUGCGCGAGGCGGCUCUCACUCUCCUGUCCAUGGACCCCGACACCACCACCUCGCCCAGGAUGGUCGUCGAGGCGACCUCCCCCGCGCCGUGGCAACCGGAGAGCCGCGGUCAUGAUGCGGGAGGUUUGGACAGCCAAUGUGAACUCCCUCGGACAGGCCGGGUGUCUGACAGCCUGGUCGUCGCUGAAGCCGUGGAGUCUCAGGGGUCUGUGGGACAGGAAACACCCGUUCCUGAGCAGGCUGUCAGUGCAGGGGUUUUGGAUGCCGCUGUAAAGGAGGUCGAUGUGUCUGAAGUUACAUCAGCAUCAGAAGUGAGUGUGGCUCCAGGUGUCCAGGAAGCUGUCGUCGCGCUCUGUGCUGAAAGCGAGGCGGAAAACACCGGAAGCAUGCCUGAACCGCUGCCCGAGGAGAGGCCUGCAAUUGACGCAGAAGUUGCCGCUCCCUCCGAGCAGAGUGUGGAUCUGGCUCCUGUCCCAGACAGUGCCCACGUUACAACUGCUCAGAUCAGGGUAGAAGCUACAGAAGCUAGUGACGGUCGCAGUGGAGGGACAGGAGCAUCUGAGAAGACCUUCACAGUCCAGGCGGACAGCAGUGAGCAAUCUGUCGUAGCUGAGGAGGUGGAGGGAGAGGUUGAGGGUAAGAUGGAGAGCCAGGUGGAGGUGCUGAGCAGUACCAUGGAAUCAGUGACCAAAAGUGACGGCAGUCCAAGCACAGCAGGAGAGAGCCAGUCUGAACCUACAGGAGAAGCAGAGGACAGUGCGAAAAAAGAGGGAGAAAAGACCGAAGGGCCGGUCACCGAACGCAAAGGACGACAAGCUAAAACCGCUACCAAGGAGACCGGUAAAGAGAAGAAACCGGAGGAGAAGGAAGAGUCCGAGGGGGAGCAGACUGACCUGGCUGAGGAGGUCAGGGAGACACGCCGUGGCGGCCGACAGUCCAGACUCGUCAAACAAGCCAGCAGGGGGUCAAAGAGCGACAGAGACAGCCUGGACCGGAGUCCGGAACCUUCCGCAGACGACAGAGAGGCAGAGGAGGUGAAGGACACCAGGAGCCGGAGGGGACGGGCCUCUCAGAGCUCCACUCCCCAGAGGGACACAAGUAAGACCAGGAAGGAGGAGAAGGAGGAGGCUACAGGUUCAGACACGGUCCAGCCACCAAAGAGUGGUGAUGAAGGUGAGAAGGUUGUGGAGACCAAAAGUCCACGGAGGGGAAGGUGGUCCAAGACCGCGACUCCCUCGCUCAGGGAGACACGAUCUUCAUCCCAAGAGCUGGAGGAGGAGGAGGUGAAGGAGCAGGAACAGCCUGAGAAGGAGAAGCCUGAGGAUGCCCCCAUUCGUAGAGGACGAAGUUCUGCUGCCCAGGUCAAAGAGGUCAGCGAAGGUGGCCAGCAGAAGAAAGAGGAGCCUAAAACAGGAAGUGGCUCUGAGGAAAAACAAGAGGAGAAAGAGAAAGAGAAAGAGGAAAAUGAGAAGAGUGAUCAGAAGAAAGUUGUUCGCCGGGGGAGACCUCCCAAAGUCCCGCCCCAAGGAAGUGCACAGCCAGAAGAGACCGUGGAGCAGAGUGGAGAAAAGGAGGAUGGAGAAAGCUCUGACUCCAAAGAAAUCAGUAACACACGUAAGCCGGCUGUGAAGAGGAAGAGGAGCGAGGACCGGGAGGACUCCGCGGAGGUUCUGCCCGAGGAGGGAGAGGGGAAGGGAGAUGGUGCAAAGAAGCGGACGGGUCUCCCGCGAGAGGACAGCACGAGUCAGUCCGAUGGCCAGGAGGACACUAAGGAAGAGAGCUCCAACGAUAAUGACGAGGACAAACCUCAGCCUCAGAAGAGCAAGCGGAGGGGGAGACCUUCCAAAGGAGGCGGGGCCCUGGGGGAGGAGUCAGGAAAGGCGGCGUCUGAGAAGAAAGAGCAGAAGUCCGAGGACACGGAGGAGGAGCAGGCGGAGGGAGAGGAGGGGGACGAGGAGGAAGGCGAGGAGGGCACUGCGAGGAGGGCCACAACGCGCUCGGCGGCACGUCUAGAGGCUGAGAGGAAUAAGCCCAGUAAACCAUCUACCCGUGCCUUGAGUAAACUCAGUGGGAAAGAGGAGCCCACUACAUCCACACGUGGGGGGCGAGGACAGGUUUCCCAGGCAGGGAGAGGGGGUCGUAAGCGUGAGCCCAGCCCCCCCACCCCUCGCACACGGGGGGCCCAGAAGUCAGAGGAGCCGCCGGCCAAGAGGGGCAAGCGCUGACAUCCCCCAACCCCCAGAGUGACCCCGCCCCGAAACCCAUGAGGACCAAACCACGGAGCGUGGCUUUUACGGGAUACAUUUUUACUCUUUUAACUGUACAUAUCCAGUACUGUCAUAGACACAGUCGGCCGCAAGUGUUUUUUCUGUAAAUGGAAAAAUAUAUGAAAUUAACAUUUCACACGUAUGUCGAGCCCCUUUUUUUAUGUUUUAUUUUUUAAUCCCUACAAAUGUCGGAAUGUAAUCAUCAGCGAAGUCCAGAGAAGUGUUUGGCUGGAGGUGUGAAGUUAUUAUUUCUUUUUUAUACGUAUGGCAUUACUAUUGAAACAGGACCUCGCUGACAGUGUUAAAUGAAUAAACGCUGCAUCUGCAAUUGGAUGUACUUAUUCUGGAGUGACAUAACAUCUGGGUCAAUCACAGGUGAUUUAGGCGUGUCCGCAUGUAGAUUAUUUUUUGAGCCCUUUCUUGCCGUUUGUCCGACACGUGACGCAUGAGUUUAUUUUUACCGACUUCAAACGACAGCCUACAUGGAAUACGUAAAGAGCUGCGAACGGGCAGGUUUCACGUUGUGAACCCCUCCCGAAUGACUGUCCAAGUGCUUUAAUGUUUUUCCUUUUCAUCAUUUUUUUUGUUGUAUAAAUGCAGUAUCAUAUUUACACUGAGGUUCCCAUGGGGACGUACUCAUUCUGUGAAUGUGAAGUAGUCGUAGGACUUCCCAGGUAUUCGGUGUUUUCCUCCAUGUUCCGCGCUCGCUCUCCGACACUGCAUUUUAUCUUCUCUUUUUCAGUUUCCUUCGUGAUUGUACAUAUGGAGGAAACUCCGCAAUGCCAGUGUUACCAACUGUUUGUUUAGACCAUUAAAUCUUUGUCUUUUCCUA